ACUGUAAGACAAACAAGUUCUUCCUGCCUCUAUACUACACGCUCCAUAGCGGAUAAGGCUUCGUUCAAGCAGUUUACUCCGAGUAACGUCCUGUUGCGGAAAAAUAAACUUCGUUGUCAAGGAUGAAGGUGUUUGCCUUUUCGUUCAUGCUCUUCGGGCUUCUCAGGGUGGUCACUUCUGACUGUGUGGCUGCCGCAGAAGCCGCAGGUCUCUGCGUGACAAGACUCGGUAAGUUGCAAGAAUACGACGACGAUUUCGUCGGCUACCUAGGGACACGAGACGAGAAACAGGCUCUUGUUUGCUGUGGUCUGGACGACUUGGAUGGCUGCAUAAGACGCCACCUGGUAGGAAGCUGUGCAUACAUGGUGGACCCCGUUAGCGCGUACGCUCGUGUGGUCUUCCUCAAGGAAGUCGCCCAUAAGGUUGAGACGCCGUCUUGUAGAGCGCAUCUGAAGAACGCCUGUAAUGCCCUGAGAUCCCGUGCGCGCCAAUAGAAGGCGCCUCUACCUCGCCUCUUCACUGUGCCGAUUAAAUGGCUGUUGUUGCCUCAGGACUCUCA